GUUCCGAUGUACAUCGACUGCUAGUGUAUUGCGUUAAAGUCAAACAGUGUUUUUUAUAAAGUAUCUGUGAAGAAAAAUGAAUCAUCUUACAGUGGAUAACAUCAAAAGCUAUCUAAGUCUUGGGUUUCUGAUAAGGGAAAUAGCAGAAGAAGCCCAUAUUUCUUACAGUACCUUAAGAAAAUUCAUGGCACGCAAUCAGCUUUCAGUAAGAGACACAUAUACUCCAAUGUUGGAAGAUGUAUUGCAGACCAUUAUAUAUCAGAUGUGCUGCCAAAACCCUUGCCUGGGUGUGAAAAUGGUUGUGGGCAGACUCCAUGCAAUGGGCCAUCGUAUUCAAAGGGAAAGAGUGCGAACCCUAAUGACCUCUCUCUUUGGUUCAAGACCUAUGAAUCGAAGACUAAAGAGACGGGCAUAUUAUGUUCGUGCCCCCUUGUCAAUGAUUCAUAUUGAUGGAAACCAUAACCUUAUUAUGUGGCGCUUUGUUUUCCAUGGUGGUAUUGAUGGCUUUUCCCGUUUGAUUUUCUUUCUAAGGGUUGCAAAUAACAACAGGGCAAGAACAGUACUGGACGGGUUCCUGGAUGGGGUUAAAUUUUAUGGCCUUCCUUCUCGUGUGAGAUCUGAUCAUGGUGGGGAAAAUAUUCUAGUGGGAUAUUUAAUGCUUCUUAAUCGAGGACUUAACAGAGGCAGUUUCUUAACUGGCCGGUCGGUCCACAAUCAAAGAAUAGAGAGGCUCUGGCAAGACGUAUGGGCAAGCUGCACCUCCGUUUUUUACGAGUUAUUUAUGAAUAUGGAACGAAAAAGAAUUCUGAACCGCUAUUCGGAGUUGGAUCUGUAUUGCCUCCAUUUGAUUUUCAAUCCUGUAAUUCAGCAGCAUGUCGACGAAUUCAUUGACGCAUGGAAUCUUCAUCCCAUUCGCACUGCGCCUGGUUCGUCUUCCCCAGUUCGUCUUUUUAUGACAGGGUUGGCGGCCUUAAAAAGAAAAUCUGUCGACGAAGGAAAAGAGUUUACAGAACUCGUUCAGAAUAUGGAAAUUGAAGAACUCGGUGACGAUAUCGAGGAUGAUACAUCUUUGGAAAUCGAGCAUGUGGAAGUUCCCGAAAUCAUCGUAGAUUUGGAUCCACGGAUGGAACGUCGUUUAAAAAGAAAGUAUGGAUUUCUUCUGUGCCGACUUCCGGUAGCUGUACGGAAGUAUACCAAACUUCGUCGGGAACUUUUGGCUGCCUACGAUUAAUGUUGGUGCCUAUGCUCGAUUAGUUUUGUUCCGCGCUUUUGGCAAAUACACCCGGGCCACAACGGUUACCCUGUGCAAAUUUUUUUUUUUUCGGUGUGAUGCAACAAAUUACUCGUUUCUGUCUGCGUCUAGGCCGUUGUUUUAUUAUUUAUUUGUCUGUAAUGCAAACGGAUUUUUUGGUAUAAUCAAA